GUAUUUUUUUAAAGACUAGUGAUACUGUUCAAGCAUAAUAGCACCAAAUUAAGUUAAGAAAAAUGAAAAAAAAAAAAUAUUUUAAGAUUAGGAGCAUAAUCUAUUGGUAAAAAUAUUCUGUCGCUUACAACAUAAUGAAGCUACUGACUUAAAGGCAUUUACCUAUUAGUGAUUUUCUCUAAACACCUAAUUGAUAAUUAAUUCAGUAAUCAUAGGUCUAUAUAAUUUAGCAAAACGGUACAUGACAAAAUUAAAAGCCAAACAUAAAAAAUGUAACUCUUUCUCUUCAUUUCAAAAAGAUACUGUCCUUGCCAACAUCAUAUUACGAUUAUAUGUAGCACAACGUAUUUCAGAGCCAGACGUCUUCCAUUUGAUGUCCGCAACAUAUUCUGGACGAUGGUAUGAAAUAUCCGAACAGCUAAACGUGUCGGACCGUCUCGCAUUAAUCUUCCCUUCAUACAUAUUUAUUAUUUCCACACCGCGCCGACGUUAGACGCAUGCCCGAUAUCCAUCUACACAAGGAAUAGAACAAACCCCGAGUAAUGUUUAAUUUACUAAAAGCCUGAAUUCAAUAUGAGCAGAGUUUAUUUAUAUUUACAAAUCCUUAGUUUAAGUGGGGUUGACGUAUUGCUCCGCAGUUUCUACAGCUUUGGCAGAUCUCCAAUGUCCUAAUUGUGAUAUUGCUGUAAUGUAACCAACCGCACGUGUAGCGAAAAUAUUAUUUAAUUUUAUUUCCUUUACGUACUACGACAGCGUUGGUAUUUCUUCAAUUUUAACCCUAAAUAUUAUAAAAAUACGGGCUGGGAAGCUAGUGUUUUUUUUGAGCGACUCGUCGUUAUGUUUGCGAAGUAAUUAAUUAAUUCCUAUCAAGAUCACUCACGCAAUGUUAACUGCCCAUAAAGACAUCGGAGUAAUGCUGUCAGUACCUAUGUGAAGGUAUAGUUCUAUAAAUGUAAGGGAAGGGUCGGUGUGGGCACGUGCCGCCCUCGGCCUUGACGACAGGCUUCUCGCUGUGUAUAUAUGCGUGUAGGUAUGUAGCGCCAUAGCUACACCUGUAAGCGAGGUCCUUCGUAGUUCGUCCUAUAGCCGCGCAGAAUAUUCCUCACGCCCCGUCGUGCCCCUCGCGCACCGCGCAUGUGCACAGCUUUGACAGCCCGACCGUGCCAACACGUCCCAAUUAUUUUCUUCAGUUCGCUUUAUUGUCGCAUAUUCAACGAAGAUAUUAACGUUAUAUGUUUGUGGGGUAUCGGAGGGAGUUAUAAGGGUGGAAGUGUGUUAUAAAGGCGCGCAGCGAUGCCCGUCGGGCUCGCAAUAAGCGAGGAUGGUGGCCAACAUCGGCGUCAUCAACCCUUCUAAUGUGGAGGCGACCGCGUACAUAAGCGCGGUAGCGGCGUUCGCGGCCGUGGUGCUGGUGGUGCUGCUGUUCCUGGGUCGCCGCUGGUGCUACUCGGCGGUGUUCAGCCGCAAGUGCUGCGAUGACAUCCACGCAGUGAACCCUCGCAUCGCAGUGCCCUGCCUGCCGCUCGACAAUGCUCAGUUUGAUGCUUUGUCGAAACCGAACCAUUACCCUGAACGAAUAUUCACGUUCGAGGCGUCCGACUCGGAUGAAGAGCUGCGUUUGCGCAUACAACAGGAUAAGGAGGAAGUGGAAUGCCACUACGAGGAGAAGAACGAGAACGCGUCGGUACCGAAGCUGGACGUGGAGGUGGUAGAGUCGAAGCUGCGGGAGACGACCCUCCGGGAGACCAGGAUCGAUGAGGUGGUGCCGCAGCGGGCUGAGUACAUCCAUACGCUGGAGGCACAGAGCAGCGUCGACAGCGAUGUUAUUGCGCAUAAUGAUACUUCGCUCCUAUGCGGCGAGAGCAGCAGCUCCCAGGAGCGAGGCUCCUUAGAGCUGACGCUGCUGUACGACGCGCCCGUGAGGAGCAUGACCGUGCACAUCCUGCAGGCCAGGACACUCCCGCUCAGGAAUGAGGGCCAGAUACUACAGAGCCAGGUCCGAGUAGUUUUAUUGCCAAUGAAGAAGCAAAAAUACAAGUCGAAAAUAAGAAAUGGCGAGAAUCCUCAAUACAUGGAAAGUUUCGUGUUCCACAAGAUAAACCCAGAGGAUGUGUACGGUCUUGGUCUUCGCAUACGUAUUUACGGGUGUGAGCGCAUGCGUCGUCAGCGGCUGCUAGGCGAGGCGUCAGUCAGCUUCGCCACGCUCAACCUGGAGCUCGAGAACAGUCUGUGGCUCCAGCUGAUGCCGAGACAGCAUCAUCAACCUAGUUUACAGGUCAAUAAGCUUCCGAAGUUAGAUCUGAACCAUACGAUUACCGGCGUGCUGGCGAGUCCGUCGUCCAUAGCAACAGUGACUACUCCUGGUACGGGCAUCCCGGGGGAGGCCUGCAGCCUCGCGCGGUCCGACUCCGCUUCGUCCUGCUGCAGCGCCCGCUCCGCCCCAGAACUGCUGCUCGGUCUCCAGUAUAACUCCACCACCGGACAUCUUUCUGUGGAGGUGAUAAAAGGCACCCACUUCCGUAAGCUGUCUCCCAACAAGGCCCCGGACACUUACGUGAAGCUGUGCCUCAUCAGCUCGCUGGGCAUGGAGAUGGGUCGCUGCAAGUCCACCACCCGCCGCGCGCAGUCCAACCCGCUAUAUAAGGAGCUCUUUAUAUUCCAGGUAGCAUUGUUCCAACUGACGGAGGUGACGCUGAUGGUGUCGGUGUGGUGGCGCCGCAGCGUCAAGCGCAACGAGAUGGUGGGCUGGUUCUCACUCGGACACAGCCCCUCCGGCCGCGAGGAGGAACGCCACUGGCAGGAGCUCUGUGAGCGGCAAGGCGAACAGGUGCAGCGGUGGCAUGUGUUGCUGGACUCCUGACGGUCGGUGACGUAGCGUGCUUGCGCCGCGCCCUGAGCCCCGCCGCCCGCCGGCAGACGCCGCGCCCCCGCGCCCCUGCGCCCCCGCGCCCGCUGCACCUCUCCACUUCAUGUUUGGUGCGUGUCGCUUUCGUUGUUAGCACGCGGUCGCCAUUCCGUGCCGAUACGUGCUCGUGUCCGCACGUCCCUCGCACGGGGACCGCACUUACCAACUGAGAUGACAGCGAGGAUACCGGGAGAUCGAAUCUCAAAUAUAAUUAAUUCUCUAUUAUUAAAUUACGAAGCUUAUAUUAUAUUAUCCGUAUUAUGUAUAUUGAACGGGAAUUGUAAUGUUUGGAAAUGGUUUUUAAAUGGCAACUCUUUCUACUAUACUUAUGCUUCUUUUUGAGGGUAAUUUAGUAGUUCGUUUAUGGUUUCCAAAAGUUUGAUCGUUGUCGUUUUGUAGUAUUUAUAAUGAUGUUGAAGACUUGGAGCGCACAAAACAUGUGAGAUAGAAUAAUGAUAGUAGAACGGAUAUUUAUUGAAUAUUGAUAUAUUAUACCCUUACAAGAUAGACAUUUAUUCUAGUAUGUCUUGAAUAUACUCUUUAUAUAUAUUUGUAAGAAACUUAACAUUUUUGUAACGUUAUUGAUAUGCAACCAUAGCUCAUCAAUCUGAAACAAUGUUUUUACCAUACUCAAUAAUACUCAUUACAUAAUUACUUGAAUCUCGAAUAUACUUAUUAAAAUAGCUCACUAUGCCAUACUGUAACAAAUAAAUAAUUUACAUUUCUCUACCACUUUCAAACUUCAAAAAUAAUAUGUAAUAAUGAACGAUUAAUAUUUCUCAUAGACUAGGUAUUUCUUAAAGUAUAAUAACGGUUACAUUUUUUACAUAAAAUCUAUUUGUUCGUUAUAACUAUUUUCUUGCUGGAUUAAAAUAAGUUUCAAUUUUCAUCGACAUUAAAUUAAAAAUCGUCAAUUCGAUAUGAAAACUGAAUAUUUCCUUGUAUACUUAUGUAUCAUGCUUAAGAUUUUUUUUAAAAGAGUCAUAGGUAAAAAAUAAUAAAUACUGUAUGUAUGUUUAAAUAAUUAUCUACCUGAAGAAACGCCUGUUUGCAUGUUGAUGUAAUCUAGCAGUAAGUAAAUGCAGUAAUCACAUCAUAGUCCUAGACCAAUAGAAAAGGUAUAUGCUUGAAUGCGGAACAAUUAUACAUGUACAUAUUUAUAAAUAACACCAAUUUGGUAUGUUCUGAGAUGUCUUUUAUACGGGUAUAAGUAAUUUAAGAUAUUCAAAAUUAUAACUCGAAAUUGAAAGUAAGAAAUUAAAUCUAUACAUUGUUACUGGGAAGUGUUCCAUUUGCCUCUAGGUUAGUAACUGUCUUGAAAAGGAGUUCAGCUGAGUAGUUAGGAGAAAACAGUUUGUAUACAUAGUCCCUUCGAAAAAUGUUUGAAUUAAAAGUUUAUGUACCAUGUAUGUCCCAUUGAGGAUAUUUGUAAGACUUCGAUAAAGAAGAUUUGUCCCAUUUGCGGUUUCUAGGGAUGUGAAAUUCCGUAGUUUGCUUUUAUUGUAUUAUGGAAGUAAUGUUGAUAAUUAGUGAGAUAUAUUUAUGCAUUGCGGUAUUUUCAAAGCGGAUUGCCCCACUAUAAAAUUUUGCUAUGUCCAUGAGUGUUGUCACGUAGAUCACAGGCUGAAUGUGAAUGUUUAUGAUUGUUUUAAACCAAAUUAUUGUCUGUGUAAGUCAUUAUGGACUCUAUGCCAUUAUAAAUAAGGACGAUUGUAUAAAAUAUUGUGCAAAAAGAAUAUUGACAAUGGCCGUGUUCUGUAAGGUUUUAAGACUUGAUGUUUGUAACUUAAAGUAAUUUCCUUUGUCACAAAAAAAUAUAACUAAUCUAUGUCUUUGUUAAAAAAAUAAAGACAACCGCCAAAUCUUAUUUUAAACUUGGAAUUAUGAAAAAAACAUCGCUCUUCGCUUCCAUAGAGCAAGAAUUAUAGUUUAGGAUGUGGUAUGUCCCUAUAAAUUAUAUAUUGUAUUAUUCUAUAUAAAUUAUAAAGCUAGUUUUUACUAAAAGUCAUAGAGGUAGACAUAGAUUAGUAAUAUUUUAUUUUUCUGCUAAGUCAAACGUGCUCCCACGUAAUUUCUUUCAAGCUAAUUUCUUUAUAAAAUGAAAAUGUUAUGCAUGUGAUAAAAGUUAUUAAAAAUGUUAAAGACGGUGAAUGAAAUGUACCUACUUAAUACCAUAAUUAUAUAGAUCAUAUUUAUAAUCUAUUAUCAAGUUUAUUUAAUAGAAUAAGGAUAUCUGAUAAGAUUGAAUGAAACCGUAUAGAAACACAAUUAUAAAUAAGGAACUAAAGACACUACACAUGUAUAAUCAUUGAAAUAUAUUAAUACUAGAUGCUCAGUUUUGCAGCUCAAAUUCUUAAUACAAUAUUUAUAUUAUCUGUUACAUUAGACUCCAUCUUAAUAGGCUUAAGACGACCAAUAUAUAGAUAACACAAUUUACAGAUAACAUUUGAAACCUCUUAAAGCAAGAGGAUUGCCAAUGUGGAAGAGACACAGAACUCUACACUUUUAAUGACGUUGUCUCGCUCCCACAACGGUAUUUCUACAUAUAAAAUUUUCCGCCACGAAAUAAAAUAAUAAAUCGUUUUUGCAUUCGUAUAAAGAAAUAUUCUCAUCUAUUCUCAUAUGUUUAUUAAUAUUUAAAUGUUGUAUGUUCUCAUAAUUAACUCAUUACUACAAUACUCCUUCGAUAUACCUACCUAGAUAUAAUCAUACUUAUCAAAUAAUAGUUAAAACUUCAUGUGAGCCAAAAUAGUACCUGCUGUCUUUAUAAAAAAUAGUUUUCUAUAAGUUUAAAAAUAUUCAUGUAUUUACACAAUAUUUGUAGAUAGAUAUUCUUAUAUUGCGAUAGGCGUAUAAAUGUAAUAAAUAUAUAAUUUGAGUUCGACAAAAUGUCGUUUGCGAUUUUCUGCUGAUACAAAAAUAACUAGAAACUAAUAACCAACUAUUUAGAAUUAAAAUUGUAACUACGGACGCACACAAUACCAAUGAAAACAUUUCAGCUCAGAUAAAACACAAUUGUGAAUGGAAUUUAUAAUUUUACUUUGAAGCGUUAAUGCAACGUUUGGUCCAAAGAAUGUUGAAUAAUGUUAGAUAGUUCGUCCCCAAAGUAGAGUGGUCUUUCGAGUGCCGCUUGCAUAAACAUGUAGUAUUGUGGUACGACUAUUUGUAUACCUGGCAAGCAAGAGUACUAUGUUAAAAGACUGUUACACACCCACGCUGGUACAAUUGGCAGAGUAGACCACUAACUGUUGAAUAGUUAUCUAUAGUUUGCAAAUUGGAUUACCAUGUUUGUGAUCGCUAAUUUCAUUUAGGUGUUGAAAAAAAAGAAAAAGUUUUUUUUGUUUUUUUUUUUUUAUAGCGACUGUACCUACUGCGAGACAUACCGGGAGUACAAUUGUCAAUAAAAGUCAAUGUUCAACUCAGAUUUACAAAGUGUCAGACUUUUUCAGUCAUUUGAACAAAAUUAUAUAGUAUUUAGUGCAAUCUAAUUUUGCUUUAUGUUUUAUCUAAGUAGCAACACAACAACUGUUUGAAUUUUAAUGUAUAGGUUAUUUUUCAAAUCUGAUUGUGCAACUGAUUUUUACACUGUCGUUUUGUCUCGCGUUCUGUUACUUGUCGAGACUAUACCCAAUAAAAGUCGUUGAGGGAGUGCGUAGAGUCGCUAUUAUAAUGAAAAUAGGACAUUAUCCAAUGCUUGAAGAUAUUCUGAGUGUUUUAUGUGUGUAUUUGUAAAUGUCGCACGCCACGUUCGUGGGUUAUAUACCAUAUAAAGUUUACUUAAUUUGACAUCAUUAAAUGUUUAAGUAAUUAGAUUUCGACAGCUUAUUAUGUCGUUCUAUAUAAAUAUAUAUUUACACGAUCAUAUUGAAAAAUACUAACACACAGACUUAAGUAAUUAAUUUAUAUCUAUUCUUGCUCUUCCUGCUUAAUCGAGUGACAUAAUAUUUUUAGUAGGAGUGGGGGGGGGGUGGAUUAGAUUUUUUUUCUAAAGCUAUUUGAAAUCGUUUGACUAAGUUUGCAACCUGUGUUAAUUAAUGUUAUGAGUGCAUACUGUAAUCAUAAUUUAAAGUGCCUGUUCCAAUUUAAAUCAUACUUUUUCAGACAUUCUAAAUCAAUCUAAAAAGUUAAUUAAGAAGAACUGAUUAUCUAUGCCUGAUAGUCGAUAGAUGUUAUACAGGUUUCAAACAUAAAUUACAUUAAAAUAUAAUCGUUCUAUACAAUCUACAGUAUUCACUUAUGAAUUUAUUAAAACAUGUUAAUACCUUCUCUUUUUUUGUUAGUUUUCACACAAAUAACACAAUCACCGUAUAUAAAAAUAAAAUUUAAUAUAUGUAUGAUAUAUAUUGUUUGAAAAUAACACAAAACUGUAUAACAUUGUUACUUAUUACGAAAUGUAUGUAAUGAGAAAUUCUCAA